AGAAUAGAACAUUAAAAUACGAAAUUACUUGUUUGGUAUACUAAUUUGUAAGACAGCACAGCUUGUACAGGGAUGUCCAAAAGUGUUAGCUAUGCUGUGGGAGACUCCCGGAAGUUCCGGGAGAGGUGGGAUGUUUGGCAUGUUGCCCCUCUCCAUGCAGUUCAUGUCGAUUGCAACAGGUUACGCAGCCGGCCCUCUCCAAAUGCGCUUAAAGUGCUCCAUGUUGACGCGUCUCUUUCUAAGGAUUUUGGUCCUAUAGAUCUUGGUGCCAUGGUAGAACACGGCGGACUGGAUAUUAUGUGCCUAAAUAAGUACUGUAACAGCUCGUCCUCGUCUUCCACGUCAGACGGAGACAAGAAAUUGUUAAAAAAGUUGAGAGUCCGUCUCACCGAAAAUUAUCCCCAGAAAAACGCAGAGAUCCUGAGUGCCCAGUACGGCACACAGCUGCUGCUGAUUGGGGUGGCGUUAAUGCUUGCUCUCGCUAACGGUGGACCAUCCAUUCACGAGGAGCACCUGCUGUCCUUCCUCACCACCCUCAUGAUUUUGCAGCUUUUAUGGAUGCUCUGGUACAUUGUGCGCAAGGACAGGCAGAGGAGUCUGGUGUCAGAGAAAGACGUGCAUGCUGGAACCAGCUGGAUAAGAGGGGGACUGUCACUACUGGCUUUGCUAUCGCUGAUUAUGGAUGCUUUCCGCAUUGGUUACUUUGUGGGAUAUCAAUCGUGCAUAUCCGCUGUGAUCGUCGUAUAUCCCAUCAUCCACGCAGUCCACACAAUAUCUCAGGUGUAUUUUCUGUGGUUUCACAUCAAAGAUGUCAUCAACAGAUACAAAACAUUUGAAAGAUUUGGCGUGAUUCACGCAGUCUUCACAAACCUCUUGUUGUGGUGCAACGGAGUGAUGUCAGAGUCAGAGCACUUCAUGAACAAUCACAAGAGAAGGCUCUCAUCCCUCGGCUUCAUUAACCACUCCAUAGUGGAGUUUGAGCCCGACUGUAACUGCACCACUAGUGCCUGCACCAUGUUCUCCAGCAGCAUGUACUACCUGUACCCGUUCAACAUCGAGUACCACAUCUUCGUCUCGGCCAUGCUCUUCGUCAUGUGGAAGAACAUCGGCCGCACCAUCGACCACCACGCCAACCGCAAGCGGCCCACCACCCAGACCACCGGCCUGAUCCUGGGCCCCAUCCUGGGGCUGCUGGCCCUGGCCAGCACCAUCGGCAUCCUGGUGGUCUACCUCAUCCACGUGGAGAAGUCGCUGGCCAUGCGCGAGUCGGCCAUCGUCAUGUUCUACGCGUACGGCAUCGCCAUGCUGGCGCUGAUGUGCGUGGCGGGCGCCGCCGGCCUGCUCGUCUACCGGGCCGAGGGGCUGCCCAUGGACACGGCCAAGAACCCGUCGCGGCAGCUGGACGCCGAGGUGCUGCUGGGCUCGUCGGUGGGCUCGUGGCUCAUGUCGUGGUGCAGCGUCGUGGCGGUGGCGGCGUCGGGGGCGUCCGGCGGCGGCGGUCCGAGCUACCGCUGGUGCAGCCUGGUCUACUCGCUGCUGGCCGUGCUGGAGAAGUACGUGCAGAACCUCUUCGUCGUCGAGUCGCUGUACCGCAAGAGGUGCGAGGAGGACGCCGAGGAGCACGACGAAGCCGGCGGCGGCGGCGGCGGUGGCGGUGGCGGAGCCGGUAACGGCGGGGGCACUACCACCGGCGGCAGUGGCGGCGGCGCGCCCGAGAUCUUCUCGGUGGCCGCCUCCAUGGGUCCGCUGUACGACGGCAUCAUCAACCGGGCCUACGACAGCCAGGACCGGUGCUGCGGGGCGCUGGAGAGCGAGCCGGUGGAGAACGGCCAGGCGUACGGAUGCGGGCGGAAGCCCUCGGAGGUGCCGCUGCCCGUCGGCCCGCGGCUGAAGGACAAGCCCAGCAAGAAGAGGCAAAUCCUCAAGAACAUCGCCGUCUUCCUCUUCAUGUGCAACAUCUCACUUUGGAUCCUGCCCGCCUUCGGCUGUCGCCCUCAGUACGACAACGGGCUGGAACAGGAGACCUUUGGCUUUGCCCUAUGGACCACAGUCCUCAACUUUGCCAUCCCUUUGAAUCUCUUCUAUAGAAUGCACUGUGUGGCCUCUCUCUUUGAAGUGUUCAGGAAAGUGUGAGGCCAAUGUACGGCGGGAUGAGACGAUGUUAUCUAGUCGUCAGUGGAGCUCUGUAAAAAGAGGCUUCUCACAUAAGAAAUCAGGAUGAGUUGUGUUUCAGAAGUCAGCAUACCUGGUGCUCAGCAUCAUCGAAUUCUAUUGAAUUGUAAUUUAAAGCCUUGUACUGUUUUGGUAAACUGCAUGUAGAAAUCAUUCCUCUUUUUAAAGAGAUUAAUUCAUUGGGAGCUUUGAUUGCUAUAGAGGGCUGGUAUCUUGGAAACUUUUCAGAGAAUGUAGAACCUUUGUUGUCAUUUAGUCACACAGUUUUUUUGGUAAUUUUAGUUACGUCGACAGGUGUAUGGGCCUGAAUUACUUGAACUUCAUGGUACUUUCCUGAAGUUGCCAAACAACUUAUUUCCACUGAAAUCAUUUUAUCGAGUAAACAAACGUAUUAGAAUUGUACAUAAGAUAGAACACAUUGAAUACAAUAGAAUGAUUAGGAGUUGUUGUUUUUUCUGUCUAAUUGUAAAUGUAUGUGAUUACAUGGAUAACGUUCUCAUUUAUAUGCUCUUGGUCUGGCUACACCGGGCGCUGACAUGUUCU